CAUCCUUUGCUUCCCAACGUCCCUAAGAGCUUGGCCAGUGUGUGGGUUGACAAAGGGUUUUUCUGUUUUAUUCUUCUGUGCAGGAUGACCUCUCCGGAGACUCUUACGUUCAUGGAGCUCGCCAUUCAGCAGGCAAAGCUAGCUUUGGACGCUCUUGAAGUGCCUGUUGGAUGUGUAAUUGUUGAGGAUGGGAAGGUUAUAGCAUCAGGCAGGAACCGAACUACCGAGACACGAAAUGCUACAAGGCAUGCAGAAAUGGAAGCUAUAGAUGUGCUUCUGGGGCAGUGGCAGAAAAAUGGACUUUCAAUGUCUGAAGUUUCUGAAAAAUUCUCAAAUAGCAGCCUCUAUGUUACCUGUGAACCAUGCAUAAUGUGCGCAUCUGCUUUAUCAAUUUUAGGUAUAAAAGAAGUAUUUUAUGGCUGUUCAAAUGAUAAAUUUGGAGGCUGUGGAUCAAUAUUGUCAUUGCAUUUAAGUAACACCACACCACUCAACAAUGAAGUUCCACCCGGAAAGAGUUUCAAAUGUACUGGAGGUAUAAUGGCAUCAGAAGCUGUCCUUCUGUUUCGAACAUUCUACGAGCAAGGAAAUCCCAAUGCUCCGAAGCCACACAGGCCUCUAGCACGUCAGGCAUGAAGUUUAAUUUGAAUAUUACUAGGUUGGUUUUCAUUAUUUAUGUGUACAAGGUUUUUUAUUAUUUGUGGCUAAAACCUGGAAGUUGUUGUUCGUUACUAAUCCCGUGGUUUGAAUUUCUUUUUUGUCCUGUAAUAUUUGCUGACAGUUGCUGAUAUGGUUAUCUGUAAUGAGCUC